GCAAAUUCAAAUUGUCAGAGGUCGGUUACGAUCGAGCUGGUUUGAGACUUUUGGGAUAAAUACAAUUCAUAUUGCCUCGAGCGGGCAAUUCAAGCCUGAUUCAUUACGCCGCUCUAUCCAUUGAGCUGUCACCUUGUGGGUUUAUCCGACCAUCCAAGCCAUUUGUCAAGAAUUUGUCAGCGAAAUAUGGCCUGCUUAAGAUUUGCUCGUAUCCAAUCCUAACUGACCCGUGGAGGCGUGGACCUCAACCCUGAAGAUUAAUAAUUAUGCUCUCCCCCCUUUCCUAUAGGCCAUCACACUCUGUCGUCGCACAGAAUUGCUUUAUGUGUCAAUUUUUUCAAAACUCAAUUUACCAAACAUUUCAAAAGCCCAACAUGCACUAAUAACUCGAGUCAUUAUCACUGCGAUUGAGAGAUUUAGCACAUUUGAAAUACAGGCAGACCUCUGCGAUAUUAAAUAUGCCCUAAUAUGCUAUUUGGGGUUAAUAAGCUUGGUGUGUCAUGAGUGGCCGUAUGGUUUGCCUUACGUAAAACUGAUGACAUGUAUUUGCAUAAUAAUUAACUCGUGGCCAUUUAAAUGCUUUUUACCACAUUGUUUGCUAUCCACAUCUCACAGGCUGUGUAUUGUUUCACAGAUUGUUUUGCGCUCUAGGUCUUGCGGAGUUCCCCCAGGAUCUCACCUUGCUGUUACGUUGAGAGUUAUAACGUUUUGGCCAAGUUUGAGUCAGCUCGAAGACUAAACAACAUUUUUGGUCAACUUGUGGAGUUCGUACAGACAUCCAAAUCUUUGCCAAGACAACAGACACUAUGGGCACAAACGAUGUGGCAGAUUUAAAAGUCGAAGAAGCAACUUUAAGGCGUAAGGUUUGUAUAAAACUUAAUCCUAAUAGCUAUAAUCCCUUAAAAGGUGUGAGAUUUUUGCGUUCAGAGCAAAAAAAUCACUACCCAUUUUCGUGUUGCCGUUCGAAACUUCUGACAUCUGUGAUAUUUUCCAUUUUUCCGACAAGGACAAGCUUUUUAUUGCCUUAUUGACUCGCUUUCCCUAAAGCUGAUUGAUAAGAACUGUUAUUUCAAGUGCCUGGAUAAACACAGCGAAAUACUGAUACGGCGAAUGAAAACUCGCGCGGAACACAGGUCGAAUCAUUUCGUGCAUCAAGUUCAACGAAGGAUUGCUGUUUUAUGUAUCCGUGUUUAUAAGUAUCAAGGAAGCACACCCCGCGGUCAUUUCUCCGUAUCUUAGAUUACAAACAAAUCGUGCUAAUCUCGCGUUAAAACCUCGUGGAUGGCAGGUUUUGCGUAUCAAAAUUUCAUGCUUGGCUGAAGUCCGAACUUGGUUCGGUCGCCAGGGAGAGCUACACAGUGCCUUACAUUUGACUGCUGUUCGUUGGUUCUACAUGGCAUCCACCGCUAGAGUACCGGCGUAUUCCAAGAUGCCACAGGUUAGACGAAAUUUGAUGUAUCUUGCUGUGUUUUCUAGCACGGCUUGUAUGUCUGUUAGCUUAUAUGUGCUUAGUUUGUUUGCGAGAGCGGUAACAAUGCAUUACAGAUCAUUACGAAGUCGUUGACGUUACACAUUUGUGGAUUUAUUACCCUCAAGGGACCCGAAAUCGAUUAUGUUUGUUUUUAAUAUCAGACUUGUGCGUGCAAAACCGAACAUGAAUGAUGACAAGUCGUAUAGUCUUUAUGUCUGAUAUGAAAUCAUACCUUUACAUUAGCAUGUUCUCCUUGGCACCUCAGGUAUUUAAACUGAGAACUGUACGAUCUUAUGUACAUUAAAAUAAUGUUACCCUUUGUGGUACCAAUUAUGUGAAACUUUAUGUAAAACACCCAAUUUAAACAUGUAUAUGUUAGUAGAAAUACAAAGUGCUGUCAGCUGUUUCUUGUAUAGCAUAAUUUACGAACGAUCUGCCGGGAAAGUAAUCGCCGCACGACGUAUAAUUGCUUUGUAUACAUAUGUUCGUCUAGCUGCUUAGAUUUCAUUUCUUUAGACAUGUCACCAUCGAUUAUUAACAAGUUGACUAUGGGUUAUAUUUAUAUACAAGCGCGUAUAUAUUUGCAUGUAUAUUCGCAUGUUUUGGCAAGGGGUGACAUGCGUUAAAUAAAUUGCGAAUUGCGAAUAGGUCUCGAACCGCGUAAAUAUGCGAUAACGGCGAUUGUUAAGUAACUGGAAUUCGGGCUAUAGUGAUUUCGGGUUAGACAAAAAGUGAUAAGCAAAAUGUCUGACAUUAUUUCAAUGACGCAAACGUAUGGCGUUACAUGCGUAGGAUUUGCUUAGAACGUUAGCAUUCACGCAAUUUUAGAUAAAUGCACGAACAUAGAACAUAAUUUCCAUGUGCGGUACAUGCUUUGUUUCGAUAUAUUUCUGCUGUGAAGACCAGUUUGGCCGCCAGGUUUUGUAGCAUAUUUAUUAUUAAUACUACCGGCGCUUCGAAUGCCAUUUCGGACUUUGUCUAUAAUUUCCGGUGUGCUGCGCACGUCAGGGGGUAUUAUAGACAAUAAUUACAUGGGUUAGAAUAUGCAGGGUAAUAUUGCUAAGGAUGGUAAAGAAUUCACGAGUGCAUACCACACAGAUAGUUGUAUUUGAAUGCUGCAAGUUAUUUGAGCCCUCAAGAGGUUUAUUGAAGACUGCGUGGUCUAGAUGCACUCUGCCCUUCAUUCUCAGCUUGCAGACUAAGCCAAUUGCGCACAGUGGUCAAUAGACAGAUUUUGUAGUUUAUGUUAUAGGCAUGUACAAAUUAGCCUGCUCGCAGCUUCCCCUUCUAAAUUGCAGGCUGCGAGCAGGCUAUAUACAAAUUCGAACGUAAAAUUCAGACAUUUCUAACAAAAGCUCGUCACAGUUCUUCUUCUAAAGUAUGUUAUUAUAGUAUAUCGUUGCGGUGAAAAAAUACUUGUUGUAUUUGUAUGCAAUUUUGAAAAUCAUUAGAGUCGUGAGACUCGGGGAUGAACAAGGCACAUCAGGAUUAAAUUCCUAUAUUCUAACGUUCUAAUUAGCAUGCCUUGCGAUCAGUGUUUGAGAAACGAAUUGCCAAAAAAGUCGCAUUUUCUUAAUUAAAUAACGUUCUAACGUUAAAAGUUGUGCAAAAACCAGCGCUCGAGCUUCGCUUCAAUCAUCGUACAUAUUGAAAGGGAAACAAUACACGCUUGUUCAUAUUGUAUAAUUACAAUAUAUAUUUGUACAAAUAAUGAUAAGUUAUUACAAGAUUUGCGUAUUUGUUCAAAGUUUUAGACGCGCUGUGAAGCCUGCCGACAUUUUAAUAAUCUUGCUUUUGUGCCAACAUCGGGUCAGGGUCAUAUUUUUGUGGGCGAUAAUUAUUGAUAAUAAAUAAUUCCAUCGUUCUUCGAUGACGUUUGUGCACGAUUCUGGUUAGUGAUAUAGUGUUUUACCAAGACAGGUCUGCAAAGGAUUUGACAGUUCUGUAUUUUUGUUAAGGAGGAAAAGCAUUAUAAGGCAAAGUGAAUUCGGGAUUUAGUUAAUACAAGCAUAAGUGCGCUAAAUUUCAUUAUAACAUAACAGAAUUUAUAAAAUGCCGUAGCUCUCCUAGCAACGUCAACACUCGUAUGUUAUUACCGGAGCAGGAAAACAAAUUUAAAACUUUAAACUCUUUAUCACAGCUUAUGUUUCACAAAUUUAUGUACUAAACGUGUUCUCGUGCAUGCGAAUUCACACAAGAUAAUGCUUCUUAAAUUUUCUCAGUUUAAAACACGUUUUAAAGAAUGAAACACAAAAUUUCCAAACAUAAAUGACAUUACACAAGAAUGUUGUUAUCAACAACUGAAGUGUUUCCACAGACAAGUAGACAACAUCCAGACACAAAGGAUUGUCAGUUAGAACCUUCUUAAUAAUUCAUUAUGUGAGGUGGGGGAGGCAAUUAGAGGAGGAAAAACAUUUUUCUGGGAAGUUAGUUUCAAUGAACAACAAAAAUGGCUGCAGCAUUUAAAGAAACCUAGUCUUUCCCUUGUUUUUGUUAUAUACUCUUUCACCCCCCUCUCCCCUCAAGGAAGUGUUGUUUAGGUGUGUUCAGGCAUGAUUGAAUAGGUGCCGUAUUUCAGCCCUGAUGGCUUAUUAGGGGGGGGCUAAAUAGAGGCAGGGAGCAAAAUAAAUUUUCAUGUUCUUUUACAGCCGUUUCGCUAUUUCUAAAUGGGUACGUAGCCGGUAUUCUAAAUUUUAGAAUGCGGGUAGUACCCAUGCUAGGUAUAUACCUGAGCAUCCCGACCCUAACUCUAACCCCUAGAACCUAACCCCUAAAACCUAACCCCUAAACGGGUGUCUUUUAAAAAUACUAGUAUUAAUUUAUAGAAAAACCGAAAACCAAUCUCAAAAUGGCGAAAUCCGCAAUCCUAAAGGCCGAGGCACACCGGACGCGAAUCGACAACGCGGCGCGAUUUUUCAGUUUUUGAAAGUUAAUAAAACAGCCAAUGAAAGGAAAAAGACAUGUAGAACAAAUAACUCAAAAUGUUAUAGCGCUUCUAAAUAUUUGGAAAACUUAAACCAGGAUCAAAGUCAUCGAAAAAUCGCGCAGCUUUGCCAAAUCGUGUCCGGUGUGUCUCGGCCUUAUAAACUCCCCCUCUUUUAUAUUUGGUAUGCGGCGAAUGUUGUAACAUAAUAAUACGACGCACAUAUUUUCAUAUUUUGGUCCGGAUCAACAAACAGCUGUAAAUAAAUAUUCGUUCUUCAUUUAAACCUAUGAUUAUAUUUUUUAUUUUAAGUUUUUCUGUGAUUCACAUGUACAUGUGAACAAGUUCUAACUGUAGUAGCCUGCUUACGCACACGUCAGUUGGCUCUUGCGCAUAGAGCGCAACUAUUGGCUGCGUGGGAGACUGGGUUCCACCUUACCCUCUUUGGAACGAAAUUGAAAACACUGUCUUGAGAGAGAUACCAAAGUACCGUGUGCUCGGAGUACGAGAUUGAGGGGUACAACUAUCUGAUAAAUAUAAGCAGAACGUCGACCUUUCCGGCGAAUGCGUUUUGUCGGGAAAUUAGAAAAUAACAAAAGAAAUUUAAUGAACCCUAAAAUACAUGUUUUGUGCCGAAAUAAACCAAAUAUUAAUUGAUGAUCCAUUACAUUGACCGUAAUUGAACUCGACAUUGACUGAUUAGUUCGUUCAUGGAACAAAUUUGUGCACAUAAUUUACUGAAAGAUUGGUCGUUCAUUUUAGAAUUUACUUCAAUUGUCUUUACACACGCCAAAAAUUUGAAUCCUGGCCAAGACUCGAGGCAACAAACUUUAAAUUCCAAACAUAAGCAUUCAUCUUUAUUUGAUUUGUUGCUGUAUCGGUUCAAUGGAAUUUCUUUCAUCAACACGCAUUCAUCCUUUCAAAGGUCAAAUGAUUCGACAUAGUUUAUAUUAUAAACUUACCGCAGAUCCGACUAACAUUGUCUUGUUGUGUAAACUAAGUGAGUACAAAAAAUUUGAUUGACAUUGAAACUUAAGAAAUGUUGACCUUAUGGGAAAAUUGUAUAAGUCAAGAAAGCGGGGAAGAGGACCCCCCCCCCCUCCCCCAGUAAAUUCUCAUCCAGGAUUGUACUUCAUUAUUGCAAACUUAAAUACUUGAUUUCUUUUUUGCAUAGGCAGUUGCAGUAAACUCAUCUGUAAUAAUUUCUCAUCAGAUUGACAUAUAUCAUUAGGAAUCGAAAACCAAUUCAUUUUUCUGCACCAACCCCGCUCCCCCUUUUUUUCGUACUCUUGUUUGCCCCGGAUAGUCUGUUUACAGGCUAGGUUCAGCCUUUUCAAUGAAAGGAAAGGCCGGAAAAAAGAUAAGAAGCAGAGAGGAGAAAGCUCCACAGAGUUUCGAAUUAAUACUAUACACAGCAACUCUCUGGACUAUAAGAAACUCUCUGAGCCUCUGGAAACUAUAGGCUAUAGAGUAUAAUAAAAUUUAAAUAGAGUUGAAGUUUUCCGUUACGUACGUCUGAAUUCGAAAAACGCUUAACUAGAAAGCAGUCUUUACAUUAAAAAUUUAUCUUGUUAAUGUUAUGUAUGAUAUUUGAUAUAUAAAGACUAGGUAUAAAGUCAGAAGAAUAUAGACUAAAGAAGAUUAGCUUUCUUGUCAAUUUACUCUAUAAUUCAAACAUCUUGUUUGUUUUUGCACUUUCAAAUUAAUCGUCGCAUUUCUUUGUGGCGUUGUUUUCAAAAACAACAGCAAUAUUUACCUAUCCUGGUCAGUUUAAACUUCAAACUGUUUUGAUUCCCUACAAUGAUCGGAUUAUAAAGAUCUUAACACCACAAAGAAAGCUAAUUUUGUUCCAUCACGUUGACACAUGUUGGUUCAUGGUGAUCACAUCUUUGAUGUGCAGGUUUUCUCCAAAUACUUUCGUUUCCUCUUGUAGUAUAAGGUUCCUGUGGUAUCACUAAGGGGCAUCUACAUAAAGGCUGUGUCCGAUUCUCGCACGACUUUCAAAUUUCGUGUUGUUUUUGGUAAUAAACAAAAAAUGUUCAGUUUUGAUCAGGAAAUAUCGAUGCAUGAGAACCAAAACCCACAUCCUGACUAACGGGAAUAAUCAAUAAUCCUACUUGAAGUUACGUCAAUUAUCAUUGUAAUUGGUUAGUGGUGCCACGAAUAUCGUGAGAAUACUCUGUAUUUAGACGUAAAUGUGCUGUUGGUUUUGCAUUGCGUUAAUGAGUUUAUAGAAUGACUUGGAUGAAUUUCAAAACGAGUGCACGAUUUAACCAAAUCUAGGUCACGAAUUUUCGGUCGCUUUCUUUGAAUAGCUGCUGAGACCUCCCUCAACACUAGUUGUGUGUUAUCUUCGAAAGAAUUUAGAUGAAUGAAUGAAUGAAUGAAAAACUUUAUUUAAAGAUGCUAGCCCCAUCGGCAAAAGCUGGUUUCAAUUGGGGCGUCCAAACUUUACAAAACAUUGACAACAAUACAAAACACAAAACCACAGCAACGAAUAAAACAAUUAUUGAGGUAAUUCGUAAAUACAAGGUAACAACGUUGUGACGCAAUUAAUCGAGAACUGGGCGGCUUAUCGACUUAAAACCUAUUUUUAAAGCCAUAGAUCGAUGGAGUCUGUCAGCCGGAAAUGCAUUCCAUAUAAGCAUAGCUUAUAGGCCCACUGUAUUUGAACGUUCUAGAUCUGACGAUCUCACGUCAGCUUCUUGAUCAGGUGGCUCAAAAGUGAAUCGAUUGAAGUUGAUCAAAUGCUGACAUUUUUUUUACAUUAUUCAAACCAUUCCAAGCUUCCCCGCAUAUACAGUAAACCUAGACAAAAAAUUUCACCCGAAUAGUUUUGAACUGAAAAAAUGGCUUAAUCCACUGUCACAGUAAUACAGUUAAACAGCUUGUUACAAGAUGUUUAACUGUACCAAAUCUUGAUACUGACUCGAUAAUGUACUUGUUGCAUUUGCUUAUAACUCCGGAACAAUUUGUUACCAUUUGUUACAAGCUUUUAUAUAACAACAAUAAUGAGAAGACGCUUUCCCAACAGUUAGGCACAUCGUGUUGUGCACUUUGUUUUUGCAGGUGUAAAACGAGUUUGAAACAAGCUGUUAACAACUUGUAACAACCUUGAUGAUACAAUCAGGCAUGUUGCAAGGUUGUUUCAACACGUCCGAUACAUUCAUGAUAUUGCUGACCUGUAACAAAUCGGUGCGUUUUUACGUGUGUAGUACGAUUCUUAUAGGAGCGUUCUUAACUUUCUAUUUAUCUCUUUAGUUGGAAUCCACGCGUGAUCUCUCAGAACGUCGGCAGAUCAGAGCCUUACUUCGAACUUUGAAAGAGAAGCGUGAACAAUGCGAGCAGCAGGUAGCUGAGGACCGUGUCAAUAACAACGCUCCUGCCGCUGCGCCCUCUGGGACAGCACGUGACGCCAAAGAUGGCGGGGUACGUUUUGCUAACGUCGAUAAGCCCAUGGAGAGAAACGACAGCGGUACGAAUAUUCUCGAGCUACGAAGUCGGCGACGAAGCGUGGCGAAGCCCCCUCCGUCCACCAGCUUCCUUGUGAAUAAACUCAGUAAUGUGAUGCAACGGGAGAAAGCUGCGCGCGCAUCAUCACCAGCCAGGGGGGUGAAUGCCUUUAGGAACAAGUUUGAAAACAAGGAUGCCAAUAACAACCAAGGGGGUGCAAGACCCGGGAACGGAUCUCCGGCAAUGAAGAAAACGAUUGAAACGCGAAGUGUUGUACAAACCUCGAAGACAGUCGUUGAGACGAAGUCGGUUACACAUGUCGAGAAAAAAGAGGAGCCCGAAAUACAUCACCCUAACCGUAAUGCAUUGCGUUCCCGCCGUAGGUCGGUUGCUAAGUUACAGGUGAACAAACACGAGAAGCCGAGUGCCCCGAUGCAAAAUGGACCUGUUAUGAAGGAGCCUGAAGCCCCCACGGCUAAAGAUGCUCGUUUCCAAAGACGACUGUCCCGGACCCGUAUGACCCCAAAGAUGGACACUGGUGCCGGGCGUUUUACCCCCAUGGUAAGUCAUAGCUAGGAUAUAAGUGGGCCUUUUGCAUAACAAUAGUGUCAUUGUAUAUAUCCCACGAUAUCCAAGGUGGAAAUUCGAGCAUAUGGAAAAUGCUAUGUAACCAUACAACCAUCCCAAGAAGCUUUUCACAAACUUGUUCGAUUUUGUUGUAGGGCCAACCUGGAGUUGUGAAGCCAAACGCGUUUGGUUCCCCGGCUGAACGAAUGGCGUACUUCCAACAAGCCGCUCAACAAGAGAAACCAGCAGAACCCGCAAAGCCUGCAAAACCUGCUCAACCCGCACCUAAACCUGUAGCUGCUCCUGCUCCUGCUCCUGCACAACAGAAUAAGGAAAAUGACAACCAGAAUAAACCGAUUGAGAAAAUACCACGAAGAAGGUAAAAUGAAAGUUAAGUCUGGUUGUGGAAACAUUUAAAAAUAUCCUUUGAAUAUUUCCCUGUUUGCCAUUCCUUGGAAGUAUUACAGCGGAGAAAAUGUUUCGAAACAAAUUUAGAAACAUUUAUUCUUCCAAGUUUAAUUUUAUUGCGGAAAACAAUUGCGGGAAUGAGUUCAGAGAGUACAUGUGCGUUUUGGUUGUAGUGUUGGGGCCCGUUUACACUUUCAAUUUCUGCUCCAGUGCGAUUUUCUCUUUCUGAUGCAUGUGAACGAGUAGAUGAGUUACGAAUGUUUGGAGUACAUGUACCCUCAUCUGAACAUUCACAACUUAUCCACUCGUUCACAUCCAUCAGAAAAACAAAAUCACACCUAAAAUUACAGCAAAAAUUGCAAGUAUAAACGAGCCUUUGCAGAACAGCGACUAGGACCAACUUCAGAAAUGUUGAAACUGAUAGGAGGAUCCUCGGAUAGGAGGGUCCUAAUUGAGUGGAACUGGGGUGCCUAAUUUUGGGCUGGGAAAAUGGGAUUUUGAUUACUGGGAGUGGGAAUGACAGAGACGGGAAUAGGAGUGGGAAUUAAAAGUCAACAUGCAUAUAGGUGAAACCACAGUUAACAGAAUACAUGGUUUGGAGACUCGAUGAAAGUACAAUAUAACUCAUUAACUAUGUUGGUUUCGGUUUAUGCAAGAAUUUGGACCUAUCUCGUCACGUGUGUAUUGUAUUUUUUCCCGCACAACCAAUAGCAAUGUUUAAACUGAGCAUUUGUUCAAGUUACGGAUGGAUAACUCAACCACAAACUUGUUAUUGGUUAUUUGAGCGAAAAUACAAUACACACGUGACGAGAUAGGACCAAAUUCUUGCAUAAAGCUGGACAAUAACAUAGUUAAUGAGUUAUAUUGUACUUUCAUCGAGUCUCCAAACCAUCUAUUAAAAUAACUGUGGUGAAACCAGCUCAUGACAUAGGUAUAACUGGGAUUUUGAUCAAUUUUAACUCCAAAUACAAGAGUACUUUAUGAAGUAAAAAUAAUUAAGUUUUUUCUCUACAACUGUUGCAGAUAAAUCUUAAUUAUCUAAACUAUUAUAGAAAACUCGUUCGAGAUACAAAAACUGAACGACUUUGUAGAAUGAGAGUGAGGAUUACAUAAUAUUAUCCACUUCCUGGCCAGCCUCUGCAUUUAAACCUUUUUCAGAUUACACCCACUGAGAGAAAUUAAUAUUUAUUGAAAGUUCUUGUAGCUUUUGAAGUUUGAAACAGCAUCACAUUACGACGAUAACUAGCUUCUACCAUCAUGUACAUAUAUUUGUAUGAAAGAGCUUCGCCUUUGCUAUAAAUUAUAGUAUCAAUGUGUCAUUAUAUAUACAGACUGAUAACGCGAACUGUACACCAACCCUUUUUGGUGUGGUAUUUGAAAAAUGUUUCUCAUAAACACGGAGAAAUAAUAAUAUUGAAAUAAACUACGGUUUGGUUAUUUUGCCUCGUGAAUUGUUUGACUACAAGAUUUAAGCAAAUCGGAGUCUGAGAUUUACUGAUUACUGUGCCUUUAAAUAUAGGUAAGACAUUUUAUGUUAAUUAAAUUUGGGGCAAAAAGGAAAUAUUUAUAGUAUAACGAUAUGAAUAACUAAAUAAGGCUUAGCUUUCCUUUUUCGUAAAAGGAAUAUUAAUUGUUCAAUUUAAACGGAAGUGAAUUGCCUAUAACUUUCGAUUUACUCAAUAGUAUAUUGUUUAUUCGAUAGUAUGUUGUGUAUAUCGCUUUAAUUUUACAAUUCACGUAUCAAUAAAUGCUUUGUCAGUUUCUGAACACAACAAAAUGAUUGGUAAAAUCUCUUGCACUGAAACUGUCUGCAUUUACGACAUGAUCUACGACUGCACUGUUUUUAAUGUUGUACUAAUAUUUAUGUUCUGUUCAUCUUACACAGUCCGCCGAAAAAGAAACCUCAACUAAAACGUCAAAUGUCGGUCUCGCAACUGGUCUUGCAGUGGUGCAAAGAACAAACGGAAGAAUACGAGGUAUUACUGUGGGGUGGUGGUGGGUAGGUGUAUUGUAGGGUGGGUGGGGGUGUUGAUGUGGGUGGGGGUGUUGGUAUUACAGUGGUUGGUGCAUGUUUGUUCUUUUCAUCUUAACGACUGGAGUUCGGUCACAGCAGGUCACCAGAGCAUAAGAGAAAAUAGCCUGGGUACGAGGUUGAAGUUCGGUACAGCGCCCUGGUGCAAUAUACUGUUGUCGCGUUAUAGUUUAACUUCAACUGAAUUCGAGAAGAUUUCUUCCUUCAGUUUGAUGCAAUCAAACACUGCAGCUUCCCCCUUCAGUGAACUAUAUAUUUAUAUUUACAUAUUUAUAAAUAUGCCAAACAAAGCUUGCUAAGUGUUUGUGUCUUUCUAUUAUGCUCUGGUUAUCCAUUGAGCACUCUAUCAUUGGUUUUUAUAACCCAACACAAAGUAUUUUCUACGUAGUAUUUAAAAAAUAUAUAUAUACAUGUAUAUACACAGCUAAUUCAAAAAAAGUUAUAAGGUGCUUCAUAUUAUGUACUAGAUAAAACAUGAGCAGCCGAUCUGUAUCUGAUAUAUGCGAAUGAUGCGAAUGUUUUAUCGUACUUAAAAAAUGACCCAUCUUAUGAGUUCAUUGGCAAAGUAAUUUUGAAAAUAAACAUUGUCUAAGCCUGAAGUUUAUGUAAAUCAGGACAAAUCUUUAUCCGAUUUACAAACAUUGAUUAAACAUUCAUUUCUUUUGUAUUUUCCUCGUGAAUUAUUAAUGAGUGUUUGAAAUAUAUUUAUAAUAUAGCAUUUGUAAAUUCUGAACGCUGAUUGGCUAAGAGCCGUGUUGAUAUAACUCCAUGUCAACACGGGAAAUUUUCCGCCGCUUGUAACACGGAAAUUGUUCUUAUUCUUCGGGCUUUUGACAUUGCUAUAUUAUAAAACAAAUAUAUAAAACAUUUUUCCGUAUUGAUAUAUAGUUAUAUCAACACUCGUGGAAGUUGGGAAAACUCGAAAUUGUGUGAAAACACUCCGCCCUUCGGGCGUCGUGUUUCCACACAAUUUCUCGUUUUCCCAAUUUCCACUCGUGUUGAUAUAUAGAGGAUAUUUCACGGUGGCACGGAAAUAUGACUUUUAUUUUCGAGUGGUGAAAACAAUAUUUUACGAACGAGCGCAGCGAGUGAGUAAAAUAUUGUUUUCAACACGAGAAAAUAAAAGUCAUAUUUCCAAAGCCACCGUGAAAUGUUCUUUUUAUUAUAUGGCCAAAAUAAAUUUCAUCAACUAGAUGUUUUGUAGCUCACCGUACGGCAACAAUGUUAUGUCUCUCCGCUCGUUUAUAGAGGCUAAAUAGUCGCUGAAGAUCGCCAAAUCGGACUUAGUCUUCCUUUUUGUGUUUUUAUUUUCAUUUUCUUCAGAAAACCUUGCCAAAUCAGCGUCGGAAACAUUAACAAAAUGUCGAGAAUUUGCCAUAUUGAAUAUUCAAAACAGAAACGGCAAAAUGGCGGGAAUUAGCGUGGGCCCCGCGCGAGACGUUCCCGCGUAAGAUAUGAUUUCAUAUUUCACUAUAGUGAAAUACGGAAAAUAUCAGUGGCGUAUUUUACGGUAUUUUACUCAUAUCCAUAUAAUAAAACCCGGCAUCAACACGGAAAAUGUUUUAUAUUUGUUAAAUAGUGUUUAGUAUACAGGAUUUGAAUGUUGAACUGUCUUUGCCAGUGUAGGCAGAACAAGCUUUCAUUGGUAGGGAUGCGACUACCUAAAAAAUAUAAGAAGAAUUUCGACGUUUCGAGCGAAGGCCCUUCGUCUGGAGUUACUUGUCACUAGAAAUUCUCCUUAUAUUUUUCAGAGGAUUUGAAUGUAUUUAAUGUUUGAAACGAUUUUUCGUUUCCAGGGUGUGAACAUCACGAAUUUCAGUGCAAGUUUUGCAGAUGGUUUAGCAAUGGCGGCAUUAAUACAUAAAUUUAAUCCAGAUCUCUUCGACUUCAACUCUCUCAAGCCUGGUGACAGGGAACGAAACUUCACGACGGCUUUUCAAGCUGCCGAGUAAGCAGUUAUAUUUUCCUGUUAUUUCAUGUUUAAAGAAGUACAAGUGGCAGAAUAACGCCCAUUAACGGUCUUCCCCAGCCUAGACCUAGGCCUUCUAUUUUUAUUCUUUUUUAAUAUUCAGCGCUAUUUCACAUGAGAAGCCUGGAACCUAGGCGAUUUGGGGGCAGGGCGGAGGAAGAGCGAAACUCCUAUGGCGAUACUUACCAAAUGCUAGCCCAAAAUACCAAACUUGCCAAAGCCAGCCGAGUAAAGGCCUAGGUCUAAGCUGGCGCUUUCCUUGAGUUAUCACCAUAGUUACCACUGAAUUUUGCCUGCAUGGCAGAUGUCCACCCGAGAGGUGGAACACCUAAAUUGCGGGCUGGGCGGAGGAUGUAUUGCCAGUCGGGUGUCAGGGCAUUACUUAGUGUGCGCAAGUAUUCUACACAGGCUUGGUGGACUUCAAACCCAUACGCUUCUUCGCUUAGUAAUAGCGGAUUUCUUUUGUCUUGCAAUGUUUACUUGGUUGGAUAUUCUGCAUCUACUUAUAGUUCUGGGGUCGUUUGUUCAAAGCCGGAUUACAGUAAAGCCCGUAUAUACUGUAAGAACCUAGAUUUUUCCAAGUUAGCCUAAACAGGUUCUUAUGUAAUGUACAUGGUGCUUACCAGGAAAUUGGGCUAAACAGGUUCUUAAAUAGGUUCUUAUUUUCCUAAGAAAAAAGCGACUCAUUUUCGGUCACAAAUUAUCUAUGCUGGAAAUCAUUGCUUACAGUCACUAGCAGUUGAGAUUGUCAUGUAUUAUACUAUUAUUUUCACUGAAGAAAACAAUUAUUUAUUGUGUUCAUAUAGACAUGUUAUUUAUCUGAAUGACAUUCCCAGGGUUCUGGACCAUUCGCAUUACCUUGUGAAGAGCUCAUAUUCUUUGAUUUAUAAAUGUUUAGUUUUGACUCUAUUUGAUAAAUCUUAAAUUCUAGGUUCUUAUAUGCAGGGUUUUACUGUAGCUCUAACAACCCUGGGUCCAAUUUUAAUCUGCUGAUUUAUUGUGUGUAUUUCUACACAUCAGCUUAUUUCGAAACUUUAGAAAAUAAAACUUCUAUUGAUCCAGACAAGAUUUCUGAGAAAAUGGACUCUCCCAUUCCCCCUCUGUGGCUACGCCUCGUGCGCGUUCUAUGAGAAGAGUGUUACCAUAAAUUGUUCUUCUCUGUUCAGGAAAGUUGGCGUGGCCGUGUUACUCGACGUGGAGGACUUGGUUCGAAUGAAGAAACCAGAACCUCGAAGUGUUCAAACCCAGGUCCAAAUGAUCUUCAGCAAGUAUCGGCCAAAGGAUUUGGACACGAGUCAAUUGACUAUCGCCUAGUAAUGGUCAGCGUACAUUGUUAGAUAUAUUUUGAAAUUUUAAAAUUUUUAGGGCAGCAAAGAAAUGGUAUAAAAUAGGCCAUUUUAAAUUUUAGGGAAAGAUGGGAUAAAAUGCAGUGUAUUCUAAAUUCUUUCCUCCAACUAGGAAACACCUAGAAGAAUAUUUUUUAGCUGCGGAAGUAUAGAGAAACCUAUAUCCUAUAGCCCAGAAAAUGUGGGCCAAAUUGACCUCUAAACUGAUCUAUGCUAGGAAUUUUAUCUCACCCGGUUAAAAUUUCCAGAGUGUGGUAGUUCAGUUUUAUCGAUGUUCUCCUUUUUUAAUUAAAUGAGCAAAAAAUUCGUAAUGAGAUUUUCCAACACUAUGGCGCACUUUGGAUCCUGGUUGCACAUGCAAAUGUGGGGAAACAUAUAGAUGUCACAUAUUAUAUUUGUACGAGGAAUUUUUAGAUUGUCGAGAAAUGUUAUAAUAUUUAGUUUUUGUGCAACUCGCAAGUAAGGAGAAUUUAAAAAUAUUUGGAAAUUUUUUUUUUUUCCAAAAGUUAGAGUUUUGAACACGCAAGUAUAAUGGCUUGGGUAUUAUUUAGUUUGCAAUAUUUUGCACAGGCCUUUGCACAGACCUAUAACUCGAACUUGAUACGAAUCCCUAAAUCUGGAAGAACUGACUUCAUGCAGCAUCAAGCAAUCGCGCGAACGUUCCCAGACCUUACUCGCAUCAAGUUCGAGUGAACUACUGCAUAUGCACAGGCUGGCUAUGUUGGCCAACAGCAAUAUACCGGUUAUCAAUUUUAGAGGGGGGUAAAGUGAGUGGCGCACUGCACUUUGCACGAAAUUGGAUGCAGAUGUAAAAUGGGAUAUUUUUGAAAAUAAAAAGCUUCUAUUCUCGUAAUUUUUUAUAUGUCAAUAAAAAAACAGUAUUAGAAGGC